UUCUGGCAACGUAACAAGGGCCUCGUCAUGGUAUUGAUCGCACAGUUCUUCAAUGUCCUGAUGAACGUCUCAGCGCACGUACUCCAGAGGGAAGGAAACCACGGUAAAGGCUUACAUCCAUUCCAAGUACUUUUCGCACGCAUGGGCAUGACCUGGAUCCUGUCAAUGCUGUACAUGUGGUGGAACAAGACAGAGCACUUCCCGCUCGGUCUGAAGGAAGUCCGGGGCCUGCUGUGUCUGCGAAGUUUCGGUGGCUUCUUUGGCGUGUUCGGCAUGUACUAUUCUCUCCAAUACCUCCCUCUGUCCGACGCCACAGUCAUAACCUUCCUCGCCCCGUCUCUCGCCUGCUGGGCCUGUUCGUUUUUGAUCAAUGAACCCUUCACCCGCAUGGAGCAAAUCGGCGCAUACAUUUCCAUCCUCGGCGUCGUACUCAUUGCGCGUCCUACAUUCCUUUUCUCCAGCACUCCACCUACCGUAUCUCCGCCAGCCAGCGGCGUCGCCGACAGCGCACCAGUAACGAGCAACACGACUAAUGUCCCCAUUAUCGACUCCUACAACUACGCCGCCGUGACACCCUCACAACGUGCCGGAGCCGUCGGCGUCGCCCUUCUCGGCGUGCUCGGCGCAGCCAGCGCAUACACCACCAUCCGCUGGAUCGGCAAACGGGCACACCCACUCAUCAGCGUGAACUACUACGCAGCGUGGGUUACUUUGGUGUGCUUCGUUGCCAUGACCGCAUUCCCGUCCAUCGGCUUCGUACUCCCCGCAACACUGCGCGAGUGGGCCUUGCUGACGUUUCUUGGGGUCUGUGGGUUCACGAUGCAGUUUCUACUGGCGGCGGGCUUGCAGGCGGAGAAGAGUAGUCGGGCGACGAACAUGGUAUAUACGCAGAUGCUGUUCGCGCUGGGAUUUGAUAAGUUGAUAUUUGGGACGAGCCCUACGGGCAUGAGCAUUGUUGGGAGUAGUCUGAUUCUGGGGAGCGCGAUUUAUGUUGCGGUGCAUAAGGAGAAGACU